AUGCACAUGUCGGGGAAACAGCCAGUGGGACUCCGUGCAACACAGUUCUUCAUCGCGGACACACCAAUACGACCUAUAGCGGAAUUCGAAGCAUUCACAUACCUAGGGAGACCUGUAGGCUUCAAUCCCCUCUCGGAGAAAUCCACGGUGGAGGAUGCUGUGGAACUUGGCCAGAAGAUACUCGGCUCAGCACUUGCACCAUGGCAAAGACUGGACGCGUUGAAAACGUUCCUAUACCCUGGCCUGAACUUCGCUAUGCGGAUGGGAUCCCACACCAAAAGUGAAUGGAAGCGGCUUGACGAAUCCCUCCGACCCCUUAUUCGGCGGACCCUCUACCUCCCAAACUCUGCGGCCACCGACUACAUAUAUGGGAGUACACAUAAAGGGGCUUGUGGCAUCCCUAUUGCAGCAGAACUGAGUGAUGCUGCACGAGUUGACACAGCUUUUAAACUACUAACGUCAAGGGAUCCAGCCACCCGCUCACUAGCUGGGAAAGCAGUUGAAACCACAGUCAGUAAGCGACUACGUACCAUGGAGCCCGUCACGCCGGAUCUUCUCGGACGUUACCUCUCUGGGGACAAUGAAAAUGACUUCCGAAGCCCGUCCAGCGGACUCAAAACAGUGUGGACUGAAGCCCGGAAAGCCUCAUCCCGUCUUGAUGUGAUGUGGACCUUCAGCGCGGACGGCCCGGAACUGCAAAGGAAUGAAGCAACCAUCCCACCCAGAAGACGCACCAAGGUGAUCAGCACACUACGGCAUCAACUACAAGAAGAACGGGAUAGGCGGCUUACUUCCCUCGCCAACCAGGGCAAGGUCUUGGAAUGUGUCGCUCUUGACAAGUCAAGCUCCCACUUCAUGCGCUCUGGACAGUUCACAAGAUUCGCCGACUGGCGCUUCAUUCAUCGGGCCCGCCUCAACCUCCUCCCCCUCAACGGAGCCCGGCCCUGGACACAGGGUGACAAACGAUGCAGACGGUGCGGCACACAGCCCGAGACCCUACCCCACGUCGCCAAUCAUUGUAUGCGGUAUUCGGCUGCGUAUACCAAGCGUCACAACAGUAUAGUUGAGCGAGUGAAACGGGCAUCACAGAACAAGUACAACGUGAUCAGUGAAAAUCAGGUUGUGGGUAACACCGGACUUCGGCCAGACCUGGUUGUGUCAAGAGGAGAGGAAGCAAUAGUCUACGACGUGACCAUAGUAUUCGACAACCGCCCGGAGGCUCUGCAAGCGGCUCGACGAAACAAAGAAGAAAAGUACCUACCUGUGAAGGAGAGCCUGCAAAGGAGAUAUCACCGAGUGCAUAUCGAGGCAGUGGUCAUCGGCAGCCUUGGUAGCUGGGAUCCAGCCAACGACCGCGGACUCAAACGCCUCUGCUCAAGAGAAUACCUCAAACUAAUGAAAAAACUCUGCGUAAGUGAGGUGAUCUCCUCUACAAGGGACAUUUAUAGCACGCACAUUACUGGUGUGUAA